UAUUGGUUCUGGCUUUUACCUUUAUUGACCUCUCACCCUUUUUCUUUUUCUGUCUCUAUAAAAUAACGACGAAUAUCACGCAUCACGCUCACAGUCAUUUACUGAUACACACACUAUUACCAUUACCGCUCCUCAACUCUCUGUUCUAAUUGCCGGUGUUUCAUCCAUCCAUGGAAGCUAUUAACAUCCUUAAGUUUUGGCGAAAUAGUAAUGCCGGUGCUGAACUCGUCUCCGACGAAACCGAUUCUCUCAACUAUUCAACCAAAUAUGCAGACAACGGUCACAUUCCGGCAUCCGAAACCGACGAAGACUCGGACGACGAGUCUUUUUUCGACUUAGUGUUGGACGGAGCCGAUCACUUCGGUAGAGAGAAGAAGUCUAAGGUCGUGAAUGCGAGAUGCAAAUCCAAAAGAGGUUUCAAUUUUCCGGAGUCUCCCAAAGACGUGCUUCAGAUGAAACGGGGCGCUUCUCCGAUUUCACUGCUGAGAUCCGCCCCUAAGUUUCGAAUUUUCUUCCUAGGGUUUAAGAAGUCGAAGCUGGAAGACGACUAUUCCGCUGCUACUCGGAUUCCGAAGCAUCAAACUCAGACGCCGUCGCGGUUCGAACAGAGCAAGCGGUUUUCUGUGAACUGCAAGGUUGCCGAUUCCGAAAUCGUCGGCGCCUCCUUACCUUGCCGAGGGAGCAGCUUGAGAAGUAAGCUUCAAAUGGAGAAGAAUGACGAUUCGUCCGUCGAUGAGCCGUCUAAACGGUUCGCGAAAAAGGCGGUCCCGAAGUAUUUGAAACUGAUUAAGCCGCUGUACGGGAAAUCUUCCAAGUACAACGAAAAGAGUAGCCUCAAUCUCGUCUCUGAUAAGAUCUCAGUCACAUCCGGUUUGUCUCCGGCAAAGGAGACAAUUGUGCCGGCGAGACGGUUAUCGGAGGAGAGACAGGGGAGUAGUAGGCCGGCCAGUUUUAGCGCAGUCCGGAAACACCUGGUUAAGAGCCGAUCGGCGUCCGCCGCGGCAUCACCGUCGGUUAGGAGAAGAGACGAUUCAUUGCUGGAGCAGCACAACGGAAUUCAAAGUGCAAUUCUCCAUUGCAAGGCAUCGGCCAGAGGAUAUGGCAGUUCACUAUUAUCACGAUCCAUAAGCGAACCGCACCACCAGAAAUACGCAGAAUUGCAGAGAAGAUCCUACGAGGACACAAAGAGAUGCAGCAUCUGACCGCUAAUCCUGCAAUUAACGAUGUCAUUUUGUUAAUUAACUCAUUAGUGUAGCUUCAUCUCUGUAAUUUUUUUAUUUUUUGAAAGAAAUUAAAGUUGGUGGGAAAAUAGAGUAGGGUUGCAGGGUCGGGGCGGUCAUCUCUAAGUUAAAGCUGCGAGGAUGACGUAUGUAGACGAAAAUUCAGAGAUAUGAUUAAACAAUGGAAAAGAAAAGGGGUUGUACUAGUACUUAUUAUGGCUAGACUAGUGCAGUUGAUUAUGCUGAAGGAGACUGGUAGGAGAAUUCAUUCAAAAGGUUAUAAUGACGAGCCACCGGUCACCACCAUACCUUAUUUCUACUAUGCAUUUAUUAUUACUGCACUUGUAGAUGCUACACACAGUAGCAGGUGAUUCCUUCAAUGUGCACUCAUCAUCACUCAUCAUUCCUUUGUUAUUUAAACUUGGAAGCCUAUUCCCUA